AUGUCGGCGUUAGGUAAAGAUCCAGACUCCAACAUGCAAGUUGCAAACCUGGAGAACCUACCCUUCUACAUGGAAGAUGUCAAUAUCAAACCGGUCAUCCCACUGCCAACUACCAUUGGCGACUCUUGGGAAAACAUCAGACAGAGCCCAGUUGCUCCAACGCUCCACUCCUCACAUGCGAUUCCGAUCGAUCUCCUCCAACUAGCCAAAGACCAUGUUGACUGGCCAAACAAAUACAUGAUUCAACUAUCCCCAACUGAUGCACUCCAGCCCCCAAGCUUUGACAACCGCUUGCGAGGUGUCUUCUACGGCACAGAAGGCAGGAAGUCAGCGUACGUUUGCAAUCUGAUGCCGAUCUUCAAAGCUGAAGAACUCCACCUUGUUGGACGCUUCCUCAAGCUCAAAGCCCACUUACCUGCCUGUGGUCCAAUCAACCCCAAAGACAAUAGUGAGGAAAACCUCACUAAAUAUGCCUUGAAAAUUGACCAGGGCUACAGGAGCAAUCCUCGUUGGACUGAAAUCAACUGUAUGCCAAUCAAACACAACGGAGAAAAGGUUAACAGUAUCCUGACCUAUAACGGCGACCUUACCCUUUUUAUCACGUCUAUUCCAACCAGGGAAGUGCCAAUGAAGCUCUGGAAGAGCCCCAACAACAAGCACUUACAAGGUAUGGUCUGUGGCCAUCCUGUCAAACUCAAACUCCUCUCAGCCUGCCAAACGUGUGGCUCUGAGGACCACGACGUUGCCCACUGCCUCUACACCAACCAUCUCUUGGGUGCACCUGCCAUACCGGAGGAGUCAGACAACGAGAUUAUGGAAAUCAGUAACAUUCCUGAACCAAUCUCCAAGAAGAAAAAGAAAGCCUAUAAACCGGCAUCUGAAGUAUCCACCAUCAAACAACGUGGUAAUGGUUGUCCGGUUGCCUCUUCCUCCCUUGAGUAA